ACUUUCGCCGCCGCAUGCGUUGCUAAAAUGGCGGCUUCUCCUCACACCCAGCAGAGCGAAGGUUCAGCUCCAGUUCAAGGCGGUCCAGAUGGAUACAGGGAAGUGGUAUGUGCAGUUCGUUGUGAGUGUAUACGUUUAACGUUAAACGUUUUUGUGUGGAAGCUUCUAAGCUUUUGUAGUGUUUUGACCGUGUAGUUGUGUGCUUGGUUCCCAGGCCGCCGAGACUGGGGACUACUACGGGAUCAUGGCGCGCGGGUUGCCGUACGACGCGACCAAGAACGAGGUGGCCGAGUUCUUCUCUGGCUGCCGCGUCAGGAACGGUCAUGACGGGAUCCACAUUCUGGUGGGUCAGGAUGGGCGGCUGCAGGGAGAAGCAGUGAUAGAGCUGGAGGGACAGGAGGACCUGGACAAGGCCAAGCAGCUCAACAACCAGAUGAUGGGUCGGAGGUACAUUGAGAUCUCUCCUCUGAGCCAGGCAGCGGCUGAUCAGACACUAGCCAGUCAACCAGGAGGAAGUAGCACAGAGUUUGUGGUCCGUCUGCGAGGCCUGCCGUACUCGGCGACCUCACGAGAGAUUCUCGACCUCCUCAACGACUGCCAGGUCGCGGGCGGCGACAAGGGGAUCCGUUUCUCCUUCGCUCCCGACGGCCGGCCCUCGGGCGAGGCGUUUGUGGAGCUAGCGUCCGAGUUAGAUGUGAGUAAGGCCCUGGGGCACAACAAGGAGCAUAUGGGGAAACGAUACGUGGAGAUUUUCAGGGCCACCAAAGGGCAGUUGGAGUGGGAAGGCCGUAUGUCGGAGAAAGUUGGUGGGGGAGCUGGGGGAGUUGUGAGACUGCGGGGGUUACCUUUCAAGUGUACAGAGGAAGAUAUUCGACAGUUCUUCCAAGAUAUGCCGAUAGUAGCUGGAGGUGUGACAAUGCAAGUGGACGCGGAGAACCGAGGGACUGGCGAGGCCUACGUGGAGUUUGUGAGACCAGACGACGCCGAAAAGGCUCUGUACAAGAACAGACAGAUGAUGGGACACAGAUACAUAGAGGUGUUUCGAAGCACCCACACGGAGGUCCGUCCGACCAACAUGAAGGAGACACGCUGGCGUGGAACCCCCUACAGUCGCCCACCACCACAGGGGCAGUGGGGAGGAGGAGGAGGAGACAGAGGAGGCUACGGCGGGUACGGUGGAUACGGAGCUGGCGGGUACGGAGGGAAAUUUGGGGGCGGGUACGACCGAGGGGGGAGAGGGAGGGGCCGGGGUAUGAUGCGGGGUGGAGGAGGAGGGUAUAACAACUACGGGGACGCCGGGGGAGGUCCGGGGUAUACUCCGUACCCA